CCGUAAACACGCCCAGGGCCGGCUGACGGCCGCGGGUCCCUGUCGUGGGCGGCGCGGGGCUGUGUGCCUGCGACGCGGUUUCUCCCCCGGCGGUUGGGAAGCGAGGGACCGAGCGUUAGGAGCGAGAAGGGAACUGAGCGGUAACUCGGGGCCGCCACCGACGAGGGCCGCCGUGAGCCCGGCGGUGGCUGCUGGCCGGCCGCCCCCGGAGGCGGGCGCCGCGGCGGACGAUGCGGCCCCUGGACGCGGUGGAGCUGGCGGAGCCCGAGCAGGUGGAGGUGCUGGAGCCCGAGGAGGACUUCGAGCAGUUCCUGCUGCCGGUCAUCCACGAGAUGCGCGACGACAUCGCGGCGCUGAGCCGCGAGCGCGGGCGCGCGCCCCCGCGGGACCGCGGCAAGCUGUGGGAGAUGGACAAUCUGCUCAUCCAGAUCAAGACGCAGGUGGAGGCGUCGGAGGAGAGCGCCCUGAACCACCUGCCGGGCGCCGGCGGCGCGGCCAGGGCCGACCGGGCCGACGAGAAGGCGCGCGAGGCGGCCAAGAUGGCCGAGAUGCUGGUGGAGCUGGUGCGGCGGAUAGAGCGGAGCGAGUCGUCGUGAGCGCGGCGCGGUUCCCAGCGGACGGCCCUGGCCUCGCCGAGGAAGCCGCGCGGCGCCUGCGGUCCAUUCUGCCUCUGCUCCCCCCCCCGGGUGACAGCCUCCCCGGUCAGUGGUUGGUGCCCUCGUGAGGGUCCGGGUCGCCAGACGCGUCGUUUUGGAGAAAUACCAAGAGAAAUGGGGCCCCGUCAAAAGCUGCUUCCGAGCCGAUGCUGGACGCUGGGCACGGCCUUGUGUGCUGGAACCGCGUGACCUGACUGCUCUGGGGUGUGGGGCCGCGGGGAGACUCGGGGUCAGGAGGAGGAAGGCCCUGCGCCCUUGGUCCCGCAGGCCGCCGGCGAGAGGGAGACCCUCUGCGUCGUCGGAGGAAGCCGGGGCAGGGGCGUGGACGGCGGCCUCCUGCGUGUUUGCACCGAAGGAGGGGUGGGACGCUGUCGGGACGCUGUCCGCGGCGGUGGGCUCAGACAGCUGGCCGCCUGCGGUGGGCCUCAGGCCCCGGGGAGCCCCGGGCGGCUGGAGGGAGGGACGGUGUUGGCAGCGCGUGGAGCCCUAGCUCACCGGAGCGGUAGGCGCGGCGGAGCCCGGCCUGGGAGGUGUCUGUUCGCCUCGGACACAGAACAGGUUUCUCGUUGAGGUGGUCGGAGCCCUGCGUGUUAAUAAAAGAGUCGCGCGUUCUCUCCCGGUGCUCUCAUGACCGCCGCUCGGGCUCCUGGAGAGCGGCUUCUGGAGGGUGUGGGGAUAAGAGGAGCUGAGCGACAGACGCCCCGCUGUGCACUCCCAGAUGCUGGGCCAGGUGGGAGCCGGGAACUCUGUCCUGGUCUGGCGCCUGGGUGCAGGGACCCAGGCACAGCAGCCGGGCAGCGGGGGCUCCGGUGCGGGACCCGGGCAGCUCCAGCGCUGGCCAAGCCGCUGUACCCGAGUUAGGAACCUGAGACCCUCGUGUGGCCCAGGCCCCGCCCCUUGGCGGCGAAGGGGCUGAGCCCCUCAGUGGUGCGGGAUGCCCGUCAGCACGGAGCGGGCAGAGGUGUGCGCGGGGGUGCAGGGGACGCCUGUGUGGGGUGUGACCACCGC